UUGCAUCCCUCGUCCACUGCACUCACGCUACCAGUGAGGGAGAAUUAAAGCCCGUGGACAAAAAAUACACACAACGGGGAGAAUAAGGACAUAUAACGGGACUAUAACAUGCUCAAAUGGAGCCAUUAAACACAGGUAUCCUGGGGUGGAGCAGCUGUACAGUAUGAGCAGGCGACAGCGGGACUGGAGCGAGGAUGUGUCCUAAUGUAAGGCAGCAAGGCUCAGCAUCUACAGCCCUGGAAAUAUGAGAUGAAGGCAGGCUGGGAUGGACCCGGCGGAAGAUGGUGAAAUUUACGAUUGAGUGCUCCUUCCUGGAUGAGACCUCCUCGGCUAUUUGAGCGUUUCUUAAACCUGCAUGUCGGCUUCUGUGUGAGACUCUCCCUGGCCUCUGUGCCGCUGUGUGGAAGCCCACCACCUUUUUUUUUUAUACAAGUAGUGCUUCGCUGUGGUGUUGUUGGGCUUAAUUGGGAGCCCAUAUGAACGAUUAAUUAUCAUGCAACAUGCACUGAAUCAGGAAAGCUUAACUAUAAAUGUGAUCUCAUGAGAUAAAGCAAAAACAAACCACAGGGUAUCACCCUCCUCAGACUUUGCCUCAGGGUUUUUGCAAGCCAUCGAUACUCGUCAAAAGAUGCAUGCAAAUGUGGUGGUGCAUAUUUCCCGCAGCUGCUUCGCCCGUAGAGAGACUUGCCAUGACAGGCCGGCAAGUCCACAUAAAUCUCAGCCCAAGUUGAUGAACUAGACUGGCCGGCCUCGGCGGUGGGAUCAGACAGAAAUUAAGCUGUCGCUCUCAGACAGCGGAAACUAGGAUCAUCUCCCGGCGAUGUGCUGGCAGAGCACCGCAGCCCGAAACGGAACAUCCCUCACCGAGGGUUUUGGUCGGAUCUUACGCACAACUCGAGGGCUGAGCUGUAAACAUUCACAUGCUGUGGCAACUGGUAAAGUUUAAAGAGCUGCUCCCUGCGUCUGGGUGAACAUUCUGGAGUUCAUGUGAGUUGGAAAUCCAAAAAUUCUGCAAAUACCAGAAGUGAGAAAUCCCUCCCUUAAGGGUUUCAAACAUGGCGUUUUAUCCAGUGGGAGAAAUGCAGCUGGGGUGUUUUACUGGUAAACUUCCACAGCAGCUGUUAGUCAGACUGGAUGUCUGAAAGAUGAGACUCGGAUGUUAGCAUACUUGUAGUUUUGCCAACACCCUUCCCAGCAAAUGCAAUGCGUUGAUUCCCUCCAGUGCCCACAUUGUAUAUGACUCUGUGGAUAUCACUUGUAUGACUUUUACCCUGUCUUCAUGGAUCAUGAUGCUGUUGAGCCGUCCUGGAUGUUUUGUUUUUUCCCACUUUCUUGAAGCUUACAUUUUGCAGAGAUUUACCUGCUGAGAUGCUGAAAGAUGCACCACACCUUUUCCUGCUUUUUCUAAUUGAUUGAUUGGAGCAUGUGCAAAGGAAAGAGGAGCCAAGCAUGAGAAUGCACAGACUGAGGAGAUGUGUCAGAGGGAACGCUGGUGGAAUUAUGAGUGGCACUAUGGAAGACACGGCGCAGAGUGUUACAAGUUUAAAGUCUACGAGAGAGAAUUACGAACCUUUGCUGUGAGCAAAUUGUAUUUUCUCCUCUCCUCAGACCGCUGAAUGGGAAUCAGCGCUCCACACAUCAAAUUACUGUUUCAAUUGAGAACUUCCUCCCCUGUGCACUGUGGGAUUUUUCACCCUGCAUACUUGGCCACCUGCAAGUUAUGCUCAUUUUUUGAGUGCCCUUAUCUUGGAGUCCCUGUUGCUGUGAUUUUUAUUUGUUUUUACUGUAGCGCCCUCAGAGGUCUUUUACGAGAGAAAAUCCUUCUUAUUUGAAGCAGGAAGUUGUCAACAGGAAGCUUACAGCAAGUACAAACACAUGAUUGCUGUUGUGGUCCAAACAACCCGUUUAGUCUCCAUGUAUCUCCGUUUGUCUCACUGAAUACAAGUGUGGAUUCCUGGAGCUCGAGGCGAAAAGCAAAACAAACCUCCCAUCAGAGAGCAUUCAGAGACUCAUUUCCUAUCACCGUGGUGAUGGGGAGCUCAGCCUCGUCUCUCACUGCAGAGACAGAGUCAGACCAUGGCUUCCGCAGCACCCCGUACCCCUCGUCACCCCCUGUGGGCUGGCUCAGGAACAGCCACAGCAGCCCGGUGUGGGGCACCACCUUCAUCACACGUCAGCAGCAGCACCCGCUGCCCCACCGAGAGCGCAGCCACUCUCACUCUCCUGGCUCCAUGGCAGCAGCGGUGCGAGGCAGUGAGUGGUCAUGUGGACGCUGCACCUUCCUAAAUGCCGGCGCAGCACCUCGCUGCUCCAUCUGUGAGGCACCACGCCAGAAACCCGACCUUAACCAGAUCCUGCGGCUGAGCAGCACCGAGGAGCACCGCUGGGCCUGUCCCCGCUGUACGCUCAAUAACCCACAGGGAUCUGGAGCCUGCUCUGUCUGUGGCUUUGGACCGUCACCUGCCACUCACACGCCCCCUACAACCACCAUAGCUGCCACUGCCAAUGGCCUCCCACCUGCUCCGACCGAACCUCCAGCACCUAUUGUCAUCCCCACAGUUCUGCUUGAGCCCCAUGGACAGCAUCCCGCUAAGGAGGAAGUGCUGCGGCGGUCUGAGAGCAACGGAGAGGUGUGCGGCCUGGAAGGGCACCACUCUGGCUGGGCUUGCCCUCGCUGCACACUUCACAACACACCCGUGGCACUGUCAUGCUCGGCCUGUGGUGGGCCAAGGAAACUGUCUUUGCCUAAAAUCCCGCCUGAGGCACUGGUGGUGCCUGAGGUGCGCACACCUGUGCUGGGGUUUCCUGUUAACCCAGCAGGGGCUGCCCCGCUUCUUAUAGACCUAACAGAUGACUCUCCUCCAGCUCCUCCCUGUGAUCCUCAAGAACCUCCCCAUGUGUCCUCACAGUCUCUUUCCUCACCUUUUACUUCUUUUUCCUCCCUCCAAAACAACCCAGUGCCCCGCAGCAGGAGAGAGGUGCCCCCUCCAGGGCGCCCACCAAACCCAGGCACCAACACUCCCAGCCCCACGUCCCCUUCAGCAGCCAGUGUGCCACCCCAGCCAGGCCCACAGCGGCCAGCCAAGCCCAAACAUGCCCAGCCCCAGGAACCUUCAUACCCCAGCAAGCGCCUCAGUAUAUUAGAGGAAGAAGAUCCUCACCCACUGAACCCCCACCUCCCUGUUGCUCCCUCCGCCGCCCCCACCUGGAAGUGCCCUAGCUGCUCGUUGCCCAACCCGGGCAGCUCGUCUAAGUGCGAGGCCUGCCGCUCGUCACGGGCUGGUGCUGACCUCAUCGACCUAGUAGGCUGUGAGACGGUACGAUUUACUCCAGCCAGCCCCUCCAGCCCGGACUUUAGCACCUGGGCCUGCUCCAAGUGCACGCUGCGCAACCCUACUGGUGCCCCCAAGUGCUCUGCCUGCGGUUCUUCUAAGCUGCACGGCUUUCAGGAGCAGCAGGUGCCCCUGCCACGCUGCUGUACACACUGUGGCUCUGCAUCAUGCUCCUGUACACCUUCCUCAUCCUCCUCGGGUCAUAAAGCACGGAAACAAGCCCGGGGCUACCCUCCCUCCUCUUCUGCUAUUGCCUCUUCUGGCUCCUCUUCGUCCUCCACCUCUGCACUCCUUCAGGAGAAGGUAGCACAGUGGAGCUGCCCAGCAUGUACGCUGCUCAAUGACAUCAAGGCCAAAAACUGUGCAGCAUGCCACACACCGCAGCAGUACCUCACCCUUCGAAAGGUGGUUAAGCCUCUGAAGAGGAGGGAGAGCAUGCAUGUAGAGGCCCGUCGACGAAAUGACGAGGGCGAGGCCAAGGAGCUUUGGGAGAAUAUAGUCAGCUUCUGCAGAGAGAACACCGUGAACUUUGUGGACGACAGCUUCCCACCGGGCCCUCGCUCCGUGGGCUUCCCCGAGGGCGACAGCGUCCAGCAGAGAAUCAAAAAGUGGCUCCGCCCCCAUGAGAUCAACUGCAGUAACUUCAAAGACCGAGGCGUCAAGUGGUCCGUCUUCCGCACACCGCGGCCCUCCGACAUCCUGCAAGGCCUGCUUGGAAACUGCUGGUUCCUGAGUGCGCUGGCGGUGCUGGCAGAGCGGCCGGAGCUGGUGGAGAGGGUGAUGAUCACCAGGACCAUCUGCCCGGAGGGAGCCUAUCAGGUUCGGUUGUGUAAAGAUGGGACAUGGACGACGGUGCUGGUGGACGACAUGCUGCCCUGCGACGACUAUGGCUACCUCCUCUUCUCUCAGGCCCAGAGGAAGCAGCUAUGGGUGGCGCUGAUUGAAAAGGCCCUGGCCAAACUCCAUGGCUCCUACUUUGCCCUGCAGGCAGGGCGCGCCAUCGAGGGUCUUGCCACGCUGACGGGGGCUCCCUGUGACUCCCUGAUGCUCCAGGUCAGCUCCACCAACCCACGGGAGGAGCCCAUUGACACGGACCUCAUCUGGGCCAAGAUGCUCAGCUCUAAGGAGGCUGGGUUUCUGAUGGGUGCAUCUUGUGGAGGAGGCAACAUGAAGGUGGACGACAUUGUGUAUGAGUCUCUGGGCCUGCGGCCGCGGCAUGCCUACUCCAUCCUGGAUGUCCGAGAUGUUCAGGGUUACAGGUUGCUGCGGCUGCGUAACCCGUGGGGUCGCUUCUCGUGGAACGGCAGCUGGUCGGACGAGUGGACAGACUGGCCGCAGCACCUGCGUCACGAGCUGAUGGCUCAUGGCAGCAGCGAGGGCGUCUUCUGGAUGGAGUACAGCGACUUUAUAAAGUACUUUGACUCAGUAGACAUCUGUAAGAUCCACUCAGACUGGCAGGAGGUGAGGCUGCAGGGCUGCUUCCCCAGCAAGGCCAGCGGGCCAGUCACCGUCACAGCCCUCACUGUGCUGGAAAGGACGGCGCUGGAGUUUGCGCUCUUCCAGGAGGGGAGCAGGCGCUCGGACACAGCCGACAGCCACCUACUGGACCUGUGCAUCAUGGUGUUUCGUGCCUCCUUCGGCAGUGGCAACAAGCUGACUCUCGGCCGCCUGUUGGCCCACAGCAAGCGGGCGGUGAAGAAGUUUGUUGGCUGUGAUGUCAUGCUGGAACCGGGGGAGUAUGCUGUGGUCUGCUGCGCCUUCAACCAUUGGCAGAUGAAUGUCAGCGGGACGGGAGGUCCACCCACACCCAUCUCCAGUCCUACCAGCGGAGCAGCACGGAGGCCCAGCCAAGACUUCCCCGGCUACAUCCUCGCCAUCUACAGCUCCAGACAGGUGAUGGUGGAGCAGGUGGAGGCGACGGCCACCACGCUGGCAGACGCCAUCAUCCUCCUCACAGAAAACAAAGGGGAAAGACACGAGGGUCGCGAGGGCAUGACAUGCUACUACCUGACACAUGGCUGGGCGGGGCUUAUAGUGGUGGUGGAAAACCGCCACCCCAAAUACUACCUCCACGUCUCCUGCGACUGCACUGACAGCUUCAAUGUGGUGUCCACGCGCGGCAGCCUCAAGACCAUCGACAGCGUCCCACCUUUGCACAGGCAGGUGCUGGUGGUGCUUUCACAGCUGGAAGGAAACGCCGGCUUCUCCAUCACCCACCGCCUGGCUCACCGCAAAGCAGCCCAGGCCUCCCUGGGAGACUGGACCCCCACCAAGGCCACCCACAGCCCCCAGCUCACUCCGGACAUUGAUGGCCUACACCGGCCCCGGCCGCUAUGACCACCGCCCACUAUCUCACCCACACACACUGACUAUGAUCCGAUGUACUGUCAGACCACUGGAAAACCAGGCAACGGAGGGCGAGUGGUGUGCGCAGCCCUGAAACUUUGAGAAAGAUGUGUAUUUGUGUGUCUCGUUGGAUGAACACACACCUGAAUGUAAAGCAUAAAUGGCGCAGCAUGUACGUGCUGCUCUCCUAAUGCUCCAUAAAUGCUUUCAUCCAGCCCACACGCGCUCUUUCCCUUGCCAAGUGGAUGUGCCAUUACAGGAUGAAAUGAGGGAAGCAGGUCACACGGAGUGACCUGGGCUUACUCACGAAAACAUUUGUUUCACCCAGGCACCAACAGGAUCCAGUUCAGACUACUUAAAAAUACUCUGGAGGUUUUUUUGGUACGAGCGCUGUAACGCGGAACGGAUGUCAUCCCCGAGCUUCAUAUGCUUGGAAGACGACCCUGCUUUCCUCACAGAAGCCAGGGUGGAGUGCCGUAACUACUGAGCCAUUUGCCGGCCCACAAACUAUGAGCCAAUCACCCGCAGCAAUCAGACACUUACCCCCUAUUUCGUCCACAAGGACAGCUUACAAAGCAGGAGACGUCACGGGGAGUUAAUCUCGCCCAGCCCUCGGUACGGUACUUAAUGAGCCAAACCCAUAUUCUAAUUUUACUUACAGUCAUACAUGUUUUUUUUUUAUUUGAGACAACACACGUCAGUCUUACUUGUUUUAUAUAUGGCCCUCGGUGCCGCCUUGUCCAUAUUUGUGUUUUCGAGGUCAUAAAAAAAGCCAUCAUUCAUCCAGUACUGUCUGUCCCCAUUCUCCAUCAUCGCUGCAGUGCUGUCUAGCGCUCUCUCUAGCUCAGGACCAAACCCAUGAUUUGUAGAGUAAAGCUGGAGUCAAACAAAACCUCAAGCUCAUGUUGUGGCAGGUGUAGGGUGCCCAGCUGUGGUGUGGAGAGGUUUUAAACUGACACAUAAUAGAAUUCCCUCCCUUGUGCUUCAAUAGACUAACAUGCAAUUUUGGCUUUUUCCCUGCAAAGAAACAACCACCUUUUUUUUUUUUUUUUUCCUUCCUUCCUCUUACUUACUUUAAUUCAUUUUCACUCAGCCCUCAGUUCAGGGUCUAAACGCUGGAGGCGAGUCAUUACAUGACCGGCUUUGUACUUUACCUCUCGGGCACGCUGGCUUCGCUCAUCCAGUUCAGCCGUCAGUUUAUAUCCUCACACAUAAAUUCACACUUGAGGAGCAAGUCUCCUCUCUAGACGUUUAUCUUCAGUGAAUUAAUGCUGCGUCUUGCACUCUUGGAUUGUGACACCCCCAGAAUUUGUGUCUGAUCUUUUUGUUGGUACUGAAGGUCAGUGAGUAUUUUUCUUUUUCUCACACUGCAACAGUUUGCCAGUAUUUUUGAUUUACACUUUAGUGCAUUUAGGGAGUACCAGAGGAGCUACUUGCUGUUUGAACAGUCAGUUUGCCAUAGGGGAGCUCUUACGACGAGCUGCCGAGUUUACUUUGGGAGGUCAGGGACCAUUAUUGUUUGCUUGGGUGCAGCGCGAGCAUCUGGGCCACCCUCCCACAAGAAUACACCGACCGCACAUUAGCGACAGCACAGAGUCCUCGUGUAAUAACAAAUUACCAUUUUGUCAGACUGCGUGCACACAUAACAAGAGAGAGAAGGGGCCCCUGAGACAUGUUGUGACACAGAAAAUAGUUUUAGUUCCCUCACAGUUUUUUCGGCUGCAUCAUUUCAAAGCAAGGGCUGCCUACAGCUGUUGUACGCAGGUCUUCUUCCAGGACCCAACCCGCUUGUUUGUUCCAAUUUCUCCAGUGUCAAAGCCAUUACUCCUGCUCCACUAAGGAACCUUUUAGUCCUCACCAUGGCAACAUGGAUGUUUUAUCAGUGAGAGGGGAAAGACUGACGCGGUACUAUAGUAACAGGGUGGAGAGGGAGUCUUUUUUUUUAAAGUCAUAGUUGAUGUCUUACUGUUGUGUAGUGAAAUGGGGGAAACUUGAAAGCUGAUAAGCAAAAUUGCCAGAGCUGAUUGUCUUUUAUGUCAAGAUCAUUUUAAGUCUAAACAUUGAUGUUCCCACAUGAGAUGAUCAGGAUUUAAAGGUGCAGUGUGCAGGAUUUGGGGGGAUAUAUUGGCACAACUGGGGUAUAAUAUAAGUAUAUUUCCUUUAGUGUAUAAUCACCUGAAAAUAAGAAUCGUGUUUACGUUACUUUAGAAUAAGCUGUUUAUAUCUACAUGUACAACCGUGUACAGUAACCCAGAACAAACAAACCAAACACUGGUUCUAGAUAGGGCUAUUUACAUUUUUGUAGCCACAGUAGUUAGCAGCCCCCCAUGACAAGCCCAGUAUUGUUGGAAAAACACGGAUUUUUAACAUGAAACCGUUUUAUUCCGUGUUUUUACCGGUUUAAAUGACAGAGUCUGUUUGUUUUGGAGAGAAAGAGACCUCGGUGGGAAAUUUGGAUCCUGAUAAAAACCUCUUGAACAUCCAGAUCUUAAGUUAUCAGAGAAAAAAGGUGAGCACACAUUAGCAGGUGCUGGGCUAGCGGCCUGUCUCCGACGAACCAAACGGCGUAGGAGAAACACUGAUUUGUAACAUGAAACAUGCUUUUUCAGUGUCUUUACCAGUUUAAAUCAACUGGUCGGUUUGUUUUAGAGAGGAGAAGACCUCUGGUGAUAAACACCUCCUAAACAAUAAACACAAUGAACAAGGAAUCCUAACCGGGAGAAGUUUCAUCUGGGCUAGCGGCCCAUCUCGAUGAGCCAAAGAGCUUAGGAUGAACACUGAUUUGUAAUAUUUUAUGGUUGUAUUCAGUGUUUUUACCUAUUUUAAUCACCUGAUCAAUUAGCUUUGGAGAGGAAGAGACCUCAUCAGAUAAUUGGGCUCCCAGUCAAAACCUGAAGAUUGAACACUGAAGGAAUUCUAACCAGGAGAAGUUUCAGCUGGGCUAGCAGCCCGUCUCCAAUGAGCCAAAUAGCAUAGGAGAAACACUUGAUUUGUAACAUGAAACACCUUUUUUCUGUGUUUUUACUGGUUUAAAUCAACUGGUGCUUUGUUUUAGAGAGGAGAAGGCCUCCGUGGAUAAUUCAGCUCCUGGUCAUAAAACCUCCUAACAACAAACACUAAAGGAAUCCUAACGAGCCAAAGAGCUUAGAAUAAACACUGAUUUGUAAUAUUUUAAUCACCUGGUUACUAAUUUUGGAGAGGAAAAGACCUCUUCAGAUAAUCCGGCUCCCAGUCAAAACCUGAACAAUGAACACUGAAGGAAUCCUAACCAGGAGAAGCUUCAGCUGGACUAGCGGCCCAUCUCCGACGAGCCAGAGAACUUAGAAUAAACAAUCAUCUGAUCAAGUAUUUUGGAGAGAAAAAGAGCUCUUCAAAUAAUUUGGCUCCCAGCAAAAACUUAAACAGUGAACACUGAAGGAAUUCUAACCUGGAGACGUUUCGGCUGGCUGCAACCCUCACUGCUAGAUGCCACUAAAUCCCUCUAAAUCUUACACACUGCUCCUUUAAGCACAGUGACCUUGAGUUUAAAAAGUGCUGCAUCAUCUCUGGAGCCUCGUCCCUCUUUGUUGUUGGUAGCAUUGAUGGUAAAUGGCAGCACUGUGCACCAUAUGCUUUGCAGUCUUACUCACUCUGCACAACCACGUCCAGCAGACUGUACUUCAUGACAUGUUCGGGACAGCGUGUAAGAAAAACUACCACAGCAGUGUGACGUUACUGUGACGAAACCUGAAGCUGAGGUAGCUGUAAAUAUGUUCUCCAAAGAAACAUAAUGUGUAAUGACCACUUUCAGAUGUCUGUCUGCCCUGUGUGAGCGUGUGCGUGGUCUUUUUAAUUUAUUUGUAUAAGUGACUUGCAGGCCUGUUGUCAAAAGAAUAUUGCUGAAUACUGGACUGAUGAAUGACAGAUAUAGGAAUGUGAUAAUUUUAUGGCUUCAGUUUGAGCCCAGAGGGAUUCGCUUGAAGAGAAAUGAACCUGCACUGAAACACCUGCAAUGACAAGGCACCUCAAAAUUCAGUGUCACCGCUGGAUCACUUUACAUUUACAUGAGAUUUUUUUCUGUUUUAUACUUUGUUUUUUUGUGUCAUAAUUGUCAUUGUUGGCUCUUGCUGGUGUCCUAUGAACCUACUCCUCUUCUGUGAAGUUGUGGUGGUGAACUCUUCUGUGCGUCAGGGGCGCCCCCUGCUGCUGACGAGGCUGCAUCCAGAGAAAAAGCUGGUCAUUUACAGACCGGCCGACACAACGCCUUGUCCUCUUCCUCUCCUUUGUCUGGUUCCCUCCUUGUAAAUUGUACAGACUGCAAACUUAAGCCACACAAAAGAUAAGAAAACAGAAAAAAAAUCAACUGACCCUUUUAAACUUGUAAAGAAAAAAUGAUUAAAGUAUGAUAGUAGAAACAAAAAAAUGAACCUAAUGCUGAAAAUAAUGGAACUCUGAUGAAUGUGAUAUAUAUUUUAUUGAUCUUUUCUGGGAGGGGAAUAUGAGUAUAUGUGUACAAACUUAUGUAUGUUUAAUUUUCAAUCUCAGGUUCCGAUGGACCAAAUAAAUUUUUUUAAAUUAAA